AUGCCUCCCCCUCCAAAUCUGGACCAAAUCCACUCCAUUGUGGGCUGCUCCAGCGACGCGUCUGCGAUCGCUGAUAAGUGCUGCGGGAUUCCUCCUAUUCUCUGCAGCGAUCAUCUGCAGAGAAUUGGAGAACACGUCCAAGAGUUCUCAUGUGGCCGCCUAUUCUACAGAACUUUCCACCUGGAUGAGAACAGAGACUCGCUCUACGUCGGCGCAAUGGACCGAGUGUUCAGAGUAUCACUGAGCAACAUCUCUCUGACCAACUGCGAGGGCGAUUCAGUGAAACUUGACCCGACGAGCAUCGCGACGUGCGUCAACAGAGGCAAGUCUGAGAACUUUGAGUGCCGCAACCACGUGCGGGUGAUACAGCCCAUGAGCGACGACAGGCUCUACGUGUGCGGCACCAACGCGCACAACCCCAAGGACUGGGUCAUCUAUGGCAACUUAUCACACCUACAGCGGCAAGAGCACGUGCCAGGCAUUGGUUCAGGCGUCGGCAGAUGUCCCUUUGAUCCUAACGACAACAACACGGCCGUGUGGGUGGAACACGGCAACCCUGGUGGUUUGGCGGGCCUAUACAGCGGCACCGUCGCAGAGUUCACUAAAGCUGAUACCGUCAUCUUCAGAGGAGACCUUUACAAUACCACCACCAAGAGGAGGGAGUAUCCCUUCAAGAGGACCAUUAAAUAUGACUCCAAGUGGCUUGACAAGCCAAACUUUGUGGGCUCGUACGACGUGGGCGAGUACGUGAUGUUCUUUUUCCGCGAGACGGCCGUGGAAUACAUCAACUGUGGCAAGAACAUUUACAGUCGAGUGGCACGAGUCUGCAAAAAAGAUACUGGAGGAAAGAACCUUCUCACGCAGAACUGGGCUACUUACCUCAAAGCCAGGCUCAACUGCUCCAUUCCUGGGGAGUUUCCUUUCUACUUCAACGAAAUUCAGUCCGUGUACAAGAUCCCCGGCGACGACUCGAAGUUCUACGCUGUGUUCACUACGAGCAUGAACGGUCUCAUGGGUUCUGCCAUCUGCACCUUCACCUUCGAUGCCAUCCAGAAGGCGUUCGCUGGCCGCUUCAAGGAACAAGCCACGUCUUCUUCCGCCUGGCUACCCGUGCUCACUUCCAAAGUCCCAGAGCCUAGACCGGGGCAGUGCGUCAACGAGUCCCAGACAUUGCCGGACAACGUGUUAACGUUCCUGCAGUCUCACCCUCUGAUGGACGAGGCUGUCUCUCACGAACACCACACGCCGGUUUACUUCAAGAGAGACUUGGUUUUCACUCACCUGGUCGUAGAUAAGGUCACUCCAGACACCCGCUCGCCUAUAUCGUCCACCUACACCGUCUACUACGCUGGUUCCAUUGAAGGCCGCGUAUACAAAGUGGUGCAGUGGCUGGACGCGGACGGCAUGUCGCACUCGCAGCUGCUCGACGUAUACGAAGUGACGACUCCUGAGCCCAUCACAGCCAUCAACAUCUCCCCCAAACACCAGAGUUUGUACGUAGCGUCGGACAACAGACUGCGACAAGUUGACCUGCUGCUGUGCCACGGUCGCUACGACAACUGCUUGAGAUGCUCACAGGAUCCUUACUGUGGCUGGGACAAGGAUGCCGGCACAUGCCGACCCUACCAACCUGGGCUGCUGCAGGACGUGACAGGCCUGACGCCCGGCGUGUGUGACGCGAGUAUCGGCAAGAAGAAGAUGCUCGUGACGUGGGGGCAGAGCGUCCACCUCGGCUGCGCUGUGAAGCUGCCGCGGCCCAUCGCCCUCAAGGACGUCACGUGGCACCACUACUCCAAGGAGAAGGGCAAAUAUCAGAUCAGAUAUCGGCACGAUAAGUACAUCGAGACGAGCGAGCACGGACUGGUGGUGCUGAGCGUGACGGAGCAAGACGCUGGUCGCUACGACUGCAAAGUUGGCGGCAACAUCGUGUGUUCCUACAACAUUACGGUCGACGCCCACCGCUGCUCUGCGCCCGCCAGAUCCAACGACUACCAAAAGGUGUACAGCGACUGGUGUCACGAGUUCGAGAAGUACAAGAUGGCCAUGAAAUCCUGGGAGCGUAAACAAGCGCAAUGCCUGAACCGUAGCAACGUGAGCACCCAAAGCACCCACGCGAACGACAUCUACCAGCACCCCAACAGGUUCCUCUGAGGUACGGCCUCCGCUCUGGCGCCCUCUCACGACUCUCCCUCGGCCGCCUGUCCCGCGACCCACCGCGUCACGCGCUCGUAUGUCGCCUUCGCGGCCGCUAUGCUGUACGCGGUCACUCGUGCGUAUCGAGUGUAACUGCGGUACAUGCAUCUACAUAAUAUCCUGCAUACGAACGUUACUACUGUUAUCAAUAUGACUUUUACGAUUUGAUUAUUUGUGUCAUCUGUACGUUAUUACGAAUCUGUGAGAUGUUUUUUUUAAUAUUUGUAGAUUCAAAGCAACAAUUCCUGUUUAGUUCUUUUUUCAUCGAGCAUGAACUAAUAACUAGGGAAAUGAAAUUAGAGAUGCGUGUCAACCAAAUACAAUCAGUGAUGUAAUUAGAAGGCGAUUAAAGCUACGUAACGUAACAGAAUCUAGUAUUCCCAAAGCUAAUUAAAUAGACAGUUGUAAACAUUUUCUGAUUAUACGGUUACACAGCCUCUUGGUUAUUAACAAAAUCUAACGGCCUUCAAUCAUUUCUCCGAUCGCGUAUUAAUUCGAGAGAAAUUUCGCUGUCCAAGAGAUGUCAUGAGUUUGAUUUAUCAAAAUAUUACUUAAACUCCUGGAUUGCUCAUUAUACAAUCGCCUCAAUAAUGCGAGUGUUGAAGGGACAAUGCCAUGUAACAAAUACUCCGGGGCAGAUGCCGGUAAACAAACUGCCUUGAAGCGCAGUUUUUGAACGUUUGUAUUUAUCAAACCAGUUUAUUUGUUGGAUCCAUUUUUGACAAUAUAAGACCCCUGGGUGAUGAAAAAAUGCAAAAUGUAAAUGAGCAGUAAAAUUGUUACCCAUCUUGCAACAGAUUGAAAUAACUGCCCUGCAAAAAAUAUUGCACGAAGAGGCACUUGAUGAAUAAGGUUUAAGAUCUGUCAUGACGCCUUGAUGGCGGUGAAGAUUAUGAACAUGCCAAUCUUUUUCAUUAUGAUACUGUGAUUACAACGAUAUACUUCUAAUGGCUUUUACUGCUCGUUGUAUUUGGGGCGAACUCAUGGUAGAUAAUUGUUGCAGCUAUUUUACUUGUUAAAAGUACGGACAUGGAAAGUUUUCUGAACAAAAGCGGAUUAAUUAACAUUAUUAAAGAUGACAACGGGUUUGAGGUGAGAAAAAAUUUGUUAUCGUGUUAUUUUGCAUCACUAUGCCUGCCCCAAUUGAGGUCAUAACUGCUAUUGAGGCAGUGCGAGGGUGUCGCAGCAAUAUCCUGCCACGUUUUUUGCUAAUUAGGAAUUAAAGCUCUGUAAAUAAUAAGAUCUAGACGUCCAUUCGCAGCUCCUGGUGGUGUUUUAUAAUGUCUCCCUAAUAACUCACUAGGCGCAGUUACCACCGACCACUGAAACGUACAUUGUUAUCAGCGCGCACAUCACAACUAUGAUGUUGUUACAGCACGCAACAGGCGAUCGUUUCGGCGAGGUGUUUUGCGUUCUAAUGCUACAUCGCUACACUUGCGUGAUGCAGUAUAGCUACUACAUCGCUACACUUGCGUGAUGCAGCAUAGCUACUACAUCGCUACACUUGCGUGAUGCAGUAUAGCUACUACAUCGCUACACUUGCGUGAUGCAGCAUAGCUACUACAUCGCUACACUUGCGUGAUGUGAAUGCUCUUGCACUCUGUAUUCUCUUCGAUCUCUAAUGUAUUUCCGGUGGCUGCAAGUUGUGUUAUGUGCUAGCGUUGGAUCGUACGUGGCUUUUAGCAGCUGCUGUUAACGUGUGUGCAGUAGUACGAGUCAUUCUGUCUCUCUCAAGAAUACAAGACGCUCCUUUGGUGUCGCUAGAUUGCACUACGUUAAGUCCGCAACACACACCGCGAUUUUGUACACAAUCAAGCAAAAUAGCUUCAUGGUAUUCACGAAGUCGGACUUUACAUUGAAACAUCAUCAUGCAGCUGAGCAGAAAAAAUAACUUAAAGCUCAGUAAGAACUUGAAUCCAACAGGAUUUAAUCUCAGCCUGCAUGAAUAACAGAAGUUAACUACGUUGUAUCGUCACAAAAAAUCGGUGUGUAGUGAGACCAUAGGCUCUCAUUUUCCAUCGUUGUUAAUCGUUUGACGCUUGGGUCAUCAGGGUAUUGUUCUUCAUAAACCCUACACAAAAUUACGUUAGACUAUGCCAUAAUUUUCUCAGGUUACUUUGUCUCGUUUCUGUUGACAAUCUCACUCUUUAUUGACGUGGUUGCUCCUUUUUUAUUUUUUUCUGGUGAGAAUUUGUUAUGAUGCUUGUCUAUCUCGUUCUUGCCCUUGAUUUGAUGUAGUGAAGUGAAUAUUUUGUAAUUAAGCGAAUCUAUUUUUCAUAUGCAACAUUCAAAGUAAUUUAAGAAUAACGCUAUCUCGAGCCGAAUUUUUGAAUGUGUUUAAGCUUAGUAGGAUCUGAAAGUGUAUGUACAAUUGUAUUGACGGAAGUAAAGGUGUUUAGAGGUUCUCAGCUUCAGAAAAUGAGCAGGGAAACUGUCGAUACGUAGUUACUGCAACCGAAGGGAUUAUUCUUGUAAUUAUAAUCUAUUGGUGACGUGAUGUCUGACAUGUGAUUUUCUUGUAAAUACUAACGUACCAUUACAUAUGUCCAACACCUAUCAUUUCAUUAAUUUCAGUUCACACCUUCUGUUGAUUAUCCAUGAGUUUAAAUAUUAGCACGUAUUUUAUUUGUAUUUCAUUACAAGCUUUCGUUAGGGCCUUCAUGGUCAUGUCGUUCUUGCAUUAUUUCUUUGCCGACCACUUAUAUAUAUUCUUAUCCCGGACCAAGAGAAUCUCAGGGUGAACGGUUCUAAUUUUACUUAGCACUUCAAGUGACUACGCAGUAUAAGCACAGUAUCGAUCGGAUCUUGGUUUUAUUUCAUUGAUUUAUGAGCGCCGAUGCUCUCUCUCAUUGACUGGAGAGAGUAGUCCGUUGUCGGAUAUCAUUGAACAAUAUUGAUCUAGAGUUGAACAAAUGAAGGGAACAUUCUACCCUUAAGCUCUUGAAAGGAUUUAUUCGAAAUACUCAAAAGUAACUUAAGUUUAUGACCUGCUUAACCGCACUGACUUUCUUCAAUCAAAUAUUGACAUUUGCAUUCGAAUGAAUGUUAGGUGUAUUAUUCUAUUUAAAGCAAUUAUAUCACUUCAAAUUCUUGAUUCCGACAAUAUAAACUGUUAGUGCAACAUAUUUAUUUGCACAACGAAUAUAUAAUAUUAUAAUUAGUUCAUGUUGAAAACUACCUUCCCAAUGCGCUGAAAUCUACAAAACUUCCUCGGCGUUUACGAGGCGAUGACAUAAAUAAAACUUCUACUCAUACCUUGCAUUUCAAGACAAUCCAUACGAAAAAAGUCUAUAUUCUGAAAAUUUUCUUUUCUUAUUUUGAAAGGAUGGUCAUAAUAUUUUCGACCGAUUUUUCAUGAAUCAGUCUUCGUUUUUACGGAUCUAAUGAAAAGGAUCGUCAUUUCUUAGAUGCACAAGUAUUGUCAGAGAACAUUUUAGGUCACGACUCAAUGCUGCUAUUGUGUACAUUAUUAGUAAGGAUGUUAUAGGCAUUACUUUAUGUAUUUUAGUGAUGAAGUUUAGUGCAUACGAUUUAUUUAUUUCACGAACAUUUUCAACGCUGGGUUUCUGAUGUCAAUAAUAAGUCAAUCGUCCAUUUUCAUAGCUGAUUACAGUCAUGCGGUAUGUUCGUUUCGGUUCAGUUGUGUAUUUUUAAAUCUUGUCCUUUUUACUCGAGCCAUCUUUUAAAAUGUGGAAUAAAUAUGUAUAAAUAAAACGUUUUAUAAUGA